ACGGCUCGGCACUCGGCAAUCGGCAGUAGGCAACGACAACGAUCAUCGUGAAGUUGCAGAGGGCUUCGUCUAAAACACACACAGAUAAAGGAUGGUAAGAGAAGUAUCCGAAAGCUGUAUGGACAGCUUGUUAACGGAGAUCGUAUCGUCCUAUUGCAAUCGAUUUUACGCCAAUAAGCCAGAGCUUGCUGCUCGGAGAAUUGAAGCCAUUGGCUACCAGGUCGGCCACCAGCUCUCUGAAAGGUACACAAUUGAGCGGCCACGGUUUACUGAUCACCUGGAGGCGAUCAAGUUUAUCUGCAAAGAUUUCUGGUCUGAGCUCUUCAAGAAGCAGAUAGACAAUUUAAAGACUAAUCAUAGGGGUACAUUUGUAUUGCAGGAUAAUAAGUUCCGUUGGCUUUCACGGAUGUCAGGGGAUCCAUCAGAGAUUUCUGGUGCUGCUCAAGAUCCUUCCACCAUGUCUGAAAAUAAAGCAGCACAAGCAACCGGCAUGCAUCUCUAUUUCCCCUGUGGAAUUAUAAGGGGAGCACUUUCUACCUUGGGAAUUCCUUGUGCUGUUUCGGCUGAUAUAUCCAACCUUCCGGCAUGUUCAUUUGUGGUCCGGAUAAAGGUUUAGCAAAUCUUACUACAAGAGAUUAAAAUGGACUGAGAGGUCCGCGACUUUUCAGGUCUCCAAAUCAAACUCUAUAUUCUCCGUCAUGAUUAUGUAAGUAAAAAAGUAAUUAAGCCAGCUUAAAAAACUUGCGAAACUAUUUAUGAUUUUUAUAGGUUUGAAUAAAAAUUGAUACAGGGAGUUAUCAAAUAAGUGUGCCAUAAAUUCCUAAAAACUGCAUAUAUUGUGUAAUCUAGAGAUGAACCCCAUGCUUCUCA